CGAUAAUAUCAAUUAGGGUACGAUAAUAACGCGAGUAUAUCACAAAUGAUUGUACGGAAUUAUCAGUUGUUGACGGUUCGACGUUGCGGCUAGUGUUAAUUACGUAGACGACAUAGCGCCAGCAGGACAGUCCACCGUCAGCCGCCGACUAUGGAGGAGCCCGCGAAAAACGCACAGAGUGAAAGACAGAGGACUGAUUCGAAUAUAUUCGCCAGGUUUUUCAUAUGUUGGGUCUGUCCGGUGCUGUACACGGGAAACAAGAGGGAUGUCGAGGAAGAGGACUUGGUGGUGCCCAGCCGGAGAUACGACUCCGACAGACUCGGCGAGAAGCUCGAACACUAUUGGCUAGAUGAAUUCGACAGAGCAUCACGCGAGAAUCGGGAACCGUCGCUCUCCAAGGCGCUGUUCAGAACAUUCUGGCUGGCGUACAUGCCUGGCGCCAUACUGCUUAUCAUCAACACAACUGCUAGAACCGUCCAACCUCUGCUCUUCGCUGAGCUGCUGUCGUACUGGUCGGUGAACUCGGAGAUAUCACAGCUGGAAGCCGGGUAUUAUGCCAUUGGGAUGAUGGGCCUGAACCUCAUAACGGCACUGACUCACCACCACAACAGCUUGUUCGUCAAUCGGUUCAGUUUGAGGGUCAAGAUCGCCUGCUCCUCGAUUAUUUAUAGAAAGGUGCUUCGUAUGAACCAAACUUCAUUGAGUAAUGUCGCUGCCGGUAAACUCGUGAACCUGCUGUCCAACGAUGUGGCCAGGUUCGACAUGGCGUUUAUGUUCCUGCACUACAUAUGGCUGGUGCCGGUACAAGUGGCUCUUGUAGCGUACUUCUUGUACGAAGCUGCUGGUUACGCCCCAUUUGUUGGUCUAUUCGGGGUUGUAGUUUUAAUUUUGCCUGUACAAGCUGCUCUUACAAAAUAUACGGCUGUUAUCAGAAGAAAAGUGGCAACCAGGACUGAUAAGAGGAUUAAGUUGAUGGGUGAAAUUAUAAACGGUAUACAGAUAAUUAAAAUGUAUGCCUGGGAGAAGUCAUUCCAACAAGUAGUAAAACUGGCUCGAGCGUCUGAACUCAAAGUUCUCGGCAGAUCUAUCUGCGUGCGGAGCGUUUUCGUCGGCUUCAUGUUGUUUGCUGAGCGAACUACACUCUUUAUUACAUCACUUAUGAUCGUAAUCUCGGGAAAUAUGGUUACUGCUACUGUGAUAUAUCCCAUCAGGCAAUUCCUGAAUAUAAUACAAAUGAAUCUCACGUUUAUCCUGCCUAUAGUGAUCGCCAGUCUUUCAGAGCUGAAGGUCUCUCUGGAACGUAUACAAAGUGUACUAAUGAUGGAGGAAAGACCUGACAUAGCUAUUCUACCUAAAGGCAAGUUAGCGCAAAACAUAUCGUUCAAUGGAAAAACAAUGUCUUCUAAUGACGCUAUUGUGACCAAGAAAUAUUCCGAAUUAGAACCAAUUCGAAAGUCACCAAUUACAGCUGGCAGGGAAUAUGCUGUAGAACUAUCAGGAGUAAACGCAUCGUGGACUGAUUCUGAAAAUCCAGAAAAUCUGACGCUGAAAAACAUCAGCAUUCGCGUGAAGAAAGGAAAACUGUGCGCUGUUAUUGGCCAUGUUGGAUCGGGAAAAUCGUCCCUACUUCAAGUGUUACUUCGCGAGCUGCCGAUAUGUGGCGGAAACUUGAACACCCAAGGGAAAAUGGCGUACGCGUGUCAAGAAUCAUGGCUGUUCCCGGCUACAGUCAGAGAGAAUAUACUGUUCGGACUGCCCUACGACGCCAACAAAUAUAAGGAGGUGGCAAAGGUGUGCUCACUACUGCCUGAUUUCAAGCAGUUCCCUUACGGCGACCUGUCCCUGGUGGGGGAGCGGGGAGUGUCCCUGUCCGGUGGACAAAGGGCCAGGAUUAAUUUAGCUAGAGCUGUGUAUAGAGAGGCUGAUGUGUACCUGUUGGACGAUCCCCUGUCAGCCGUGGACGCCAACGUCGGCCGACAACUGUUCGAAGGCUGUAUACAGGGGUACCUUGGGCACAGCACACGUAUAUUGGUGACGCAUCAAAUACACUUCUUGAAAGCCGCCGACUUCAUAGUGGUACUAAGCGAGGGUAAAAUAAAAAAUAUUGGAACCUACGAUGAACUUGUUAAUUCCGAGGUCGAAUUCACUUCACUUCGGACAACAGAUGAACCCAAAGGCAAAACUAAAGAGGUGUCAGAAAAGAUUGGAGAAAAGCCAGAGUACCUUCGAGGCGUUUCAAAAAUAUCAGUGAAAAGCGAUGGAGGGGAGGAACAGAAGGAACAAAUACAAGCAGCCGAAGAGAGAUCGACGGGUUACCUGAAAUUCGCUGUGAUUUGGCAGUAUUUUAGUUCAGUGGAGUCUUGGUGUGUUGUGUUAAUGGCGCUAUCGACGAUGUUGAUCACGCAGUUCGCAGCGACGUUCUGUGACUACUGGCUUAGUUACUGGACCAAUCAAGUCGAUGAAUACGAACAAGCAUUGCCUGAAGGAGUGGAACCUGACCCCAGCUUUGACACCGAGACUGGUCCACUGACGACAGCACUGUACCUCAUAAUAUACGGAGCGGCGGUUCUGUUCGUCAUCGUCAUGACCCAAGUCAGAAUCCAGGCUUUCGUCGUCAUGAGCAUGAGAGCGUCAGAGAACUUACACAACAACAUGUUCAAGAAUCUUCUUGGCGCUGUCAUGAGAUUCUUCGAUACGAAUCCUUCUGGUCGAGUCCUCAACAGGUUCUCCAAGGACACCGGUGCUAUGGACGAGCUCCUGCCUCGUACUAUUCUGGAGACGUUACAGAUGUACCUGUUCAUGCUCAGUAUUCUCGUCCUCAACGCCCUCGCUCUUCCCUUCACGCUGGUACCGACAGCAGUGUUGUUGGUAAUCUUCGUGAUCGUCCUCAAAUGGUACCUCAGUGCAGCUCAGGCGAUAAAGAGAUUGGAAAGUACAACAAAGAGUCCAGUGUUCAGCAUGCUCAACUCGACAAUAUCCGGCAUUUCAACAAUAAGAAGUUCCGACUCGCAGGACAGACUUAUUAAAACCUUCGAUGACGCCCAAGAUCUCAACUCGAGCGCUUUCUACACAUUUUUGGGUGCAAAUUCAGCGUUCGGCCUGUACAUGGACAUACUGUGUCUCGUGUACCUCGCUGUUGUAAUUGCCAUCUUCCUUUUGAUAGAUUUUGGCUCAGUAGUGGCCGUGGGCAGCGUGGGGCUCGCUAUCAGUCAGUCGAUGUCGCUGACGAUGAUCCUGCAGAUGGCGGCGCGCGUGACAGCCGACUUCCUGGCCCAGAUGACGUCGGUGGAGCGCGUGCUCGAGUACACCAACCUGCCGGCCGAGGAGAACUUAGAGACUGGACCAACCAAACCACCCAAGACUUGGCCAUCGGAUGGAUACUUGGAGUUCAAAAAAGUUGACUUGAGAUACGGCCCAGAAGAUCCGCCCGUGUUGAAAGAUUUGAAUUUCAGUAUUAAGAGUGGAUGGAAGGUGGGUAUAGUGGGUAGGACUGGCGCUGGCAAGUCCUCGCUGAUCUCAGCCCUGUUCAGGCUCUCCACCAUCGAUGGCAGCAUCACCAUUGAUGGUAUCGACACUAAAGGCAUUGGAAAGAAGGAACUAAGAUCGAAGAUCUCCAUCAUACCGCAAGAGCCGGUGCUCUUCAACGCCACACUGCGGUACAACCUGGAUCCCUUCGAUCAGUACAACGACCUUGACAUUUGGAGGGCUUUAGAACAAGUGGAAUUAAAAGAUGCAAUCCCAGCUCUCGACUUCAAUGUGUCCGAGGGUGGCGCGAACUUCUCGGUGGGACAGCGGCAGCUGGUGUGCCUGGCUAGAGCUAUUCUCAGGUCAAACAAAAUCCUUAUCAUGGAUGAAGCUACCGCUAACGUCGAUCCUCAGACCGACGGAUUAAUUCAAAAGACAAUUCGCGAUCAGUUUGCGAAUUGCACGGUGCUGACGAUUGCGCACAGACUGAACACCAUCAUGGACUCCGACAGAAUACUGGUGAUGGACAAAGGCAGCGUCGCAGAGUUCGACCAUCCGUUCAUACUGUUGUCCAACCCCAACAGCCUCCUCAACUUCAUGGUCAAAGAGACCGGCGAGCAAAUGAGCGACUUCCUCCUCGAAGUCGCCAGGAAAAAAUACCUCGGAGAAAACCCACAGAGUGGUUCAAAAGAAGACUAGACUUUGUAUCCUGAACUUAGUUUCUAAUUUUGUAUUUUAUAGUUAAAUUAUUUAGAUUAAGUAUUAUUGUACAUAAUUAAAAGAAAAAGUAUUAUUUUCCUGAUGCGUUUAAUAGCUACGGUACAUUUCUUUCAAUUAACAGGGAUAUAGAUUUUAAGUUAGUUAGAUAACAAAUAAAUCUAUUAAAUUUUUA